GCUUAUCCAUUUGCUUUCCGUUAGAACAGAGUUUAGAAAGACUCGCGAUGGACGAUUUGUCAGUUGUCAAUCGUUUUCUAACAGUGAUGGGAAUGGUUGCAGGAAUGGGUGCAGACUUUCUUCUGCACCCAUUGCGCGUGAGGUUUUGGUGGGGUCAAGUCCAACUUCCCAACACAUUUGCACCAAAAGAGUCGCCCCAUAGCCCCCAUGGCUCCCAUCCCUCUGAACCUGCUCGCAACAGAGCAGCACAUGCGCUUCUCCUGGUCCUCCCUUCCAGGCAUCGGUCUCCUCGCUCCACUGUCAGUCCGAAAGUGACAGCAAUUGACCCAAUUGCAAUUCUCAAGGUUCGGGAUGAGCUGACAAUUGGCAACAGAAAUGAAAUUCGCGAGUUAAUUUAUGGCCCCGAGUUCGGGCUCCUCAUACACGAGGUCCUGCUCAGCGACCGACUUGUCAAGCAGCGCAGAAUCACGGCUACGAGCUGAUUACGUGCUAGCAGUUGGAUUUAUCACUGGCUGACAAGAGAGUGCUGAGAAGAGCAAUUCGAGUCAAAGGAAGAAACAACGAGCGAUCGUCGAGAGGAAGAGGGAGUUCCGAAGAACUAAUGUGUGGAUGUGAGGUUCAGAUCGGUUGGGUGGUAUAAUUUAAGGCUUUCAGAUAAGAGAUUCAGCUGGCAAAUCCGGCCUCUGUCUCCUUCACUGCAUUGUUCUGUGUUGCGAUGCUCUGAGCCACUGUCUGCGUGCGUGGCUAUGGUUGUGGCUGUACUGGAUGCCGUGCUAAGAGUCGAUCGAUGGCAGAGAGGGCCCAAUUUUGUUUUAUGAGUUGCGAACUGCUGCAUGUCUGGGGAGAUUCAUCCGCUUGUUCAGCUACUGGAAGCUGUUGCUGGGCUGAUCGUUUUGUACUAUGGUAGGCCGAGGAGGAGGAGGAGGUGCGAGAAUAGAACCGUGCUUCUGCUGCUGCUGCUGCGUCAAGGACGUCAUAGAAAGUGUCAGAAUGCAGUCAGUCAGUCAGUCAGUGGGUUAUGUACCUGCUGCAGUUGAAGGUUUGUUGAACGGAGGGAAGAUUCCUGGACACUGCACAGCACUAUCUUUAAUUCCUCAUGCUCUUUCCCAUCACUGUCUGCAAACAAAAUGUGUGGCAAUCUACAGUGCAUAUCUAUCGCCAUUUUCGCAUUUAUCUACAAUCUGUACACGGCUCGAGCUUCAGUUCAGGGGUUGAGGAAAAGUGAGAGGGAUGGAAGGCUUUAGAGUCACAGGCCAGAGCUCAAGGCAUGCAUCGGUGACACUUUGUCAGAGACUUUGUGAGAUGUAAGAGGAAAUCAGCUCCGCCGAUGGACACAGAGAUCUGGAUUGGUCGAGGAUGCUCGGGUGGGUGCUCACGUGCUGUCGAAGCAAUUU